AUGGAACAUCAGUUGGCGUUCGAUUCUAUUAAGACUUAUUUGUCUAAAGCCCUAAUCAUGGCAAAUGUUCGUCCAUCUGAACCUUUAAAAUCAUAUAUUGCAGCAUCUUCAAAUACUAUAGGGUGUAUGUUAGCCCAAGAUGAUGAAGACGGGCAUGAACGGGCAGUUUAUUACCUUAGCCGAGUUUUAACUGAUAUCGAAACAAGGGGACAUUUGGGGAAAUGGAUGCUGGCAUUGAUAGAAUUCGAUUUACAGUAUGUCCCAGCAAAGGCUGUUAAAGGACAAGUCAUUGCAGAUUUUUUUGUAGAUAAUUCGAAAGAUCUGCAUGACCAGGGGGCAAAUAUAAUCGAUGUGGAAGUCAAUUAUUGGAAAUUAUAUUUUGAUGGAUCAAAGCACAAAGAUGGUGCAGGAGUUAGAAUUCUUGUUAUUUCGCCAGAAGUUCCCCUAAUAGAAGUUAGUCAAAGUGAAAUAAUAGACUUUGUCGAGGAACAUAUUAUCCAUCGAUUUGGAAUUUCUCAGACAUUAAGUACUGACCAAGGAACUAUGUUUACUGGCCAGCAAAUUAAAAAUUUUGCGACUUCAAGAAGUAUUAAUGUGGUCACUUCAACUCCUUAUUAUGCACAGGCUAAUGGGCAAGUGGAGGCAGCAAAUAAGAUCUUGAUAAGCUUGAUUAAAAAGCAUAUCGGAAAUAAGUCUCGAACAUGGCAUGAAACUUUGAGUCAAGUAUUAUGGACCUAUCGAAAUUUGCCAAGGGGUUCGAUAGGGACUUCACCUUAUAAAUUGGUGUAUGGCCAUGAUGCCGUGUUACCAUUAGAAAUUAAUUUGAAUACUUUAAGAGUAUCAAAACAGAAUGAUUUGCCAGUCGAUGAUUAUUGGAAUGCAAUGUUUGAUGAGUUAAAUGAAUUAGAUUCAGAGCGAAUCCUAGCGCUCGAUAAUGUGAUUCGACAAAAAGAGAGUGUUGCUCGAAGUUAUAAUCGUCGAAUUAAAGAAAAGUCUUUCAGGAUAGGCGAGUUAGUUUUAAAAGUCAUUUUACCGAUGGAAAAGAAAUCGAGGUUUCUGGGUAAAUGGUCCCAUAGUUAG